CCGGCUGUGUGGCACUCGGCAAAGAUUAGCGGUUUUCGGUAGUGCGCCUUCGCUCUUCAGUCAGCCCACACACUGUAGUAUAAGAUGAUCUUGAGGCACACAAUGAGUGAGAAGAAUCAGAUGCGCCACUACCCACCCGGCCACCACAAAGGCAGCAACCCAACCAAACAGAGCAUAGCAGAGCCAGAAACUCGAGUCAGCAAGUUGCAAGCUCUUUAGCCUCCCUCCUCCAGCUUGAUUUGAUACACUCUCGAUCUUGGUUCUAGCUGCAUGGCUUCCUUGCUGCGGUGGAAGGAUAAGUACGUGAAGGAGAAGCUGCAGGGCCUCUCCUGCUCAUCCUCGGCCUCCACCUCCAUUGUCGUCGCCUCCGGCCGCGCCAUCGACCGCCACUCCCCGCGCCUCCGGGACCCUCACCGGCGCCUCCCGCCGUCGGUGCCCAGGCCACCCGGCUCUCCUUAUUACGGUAGUCCUGCCGGUAACACCAAAGAUUCCUCCUCCUUCUCCUCCCUGAAGCAGCAGAAGCAGCUUCACCACCACCAUGACGACGGCAAAGACAAAAGGAAGAAGAAGAGCGCAGAAGGAGCGGCCGCUGCUGGCGGCGGCUCCUCCACGCCGUCGGAGCGCAAGAAGAACAAGAAGAAGCAGGCGGUGGCCCAGCUGCAGCUGGUGAGCCCCGCGAGCUCCUCCAGGUUCCUGCUCAACUCGUCCAGGCUGAUGCUGCAGUCCGACGACGACAUCACUGUCGUCGACUCCCUGCCGCCGCUCCCGUCGUCCCCGCGGCGCCCCUUGUUCAUCGACGACGACGACAUCACUGCCGCUGGCCCUGACGACUCCUUGCCGCCUCUCCCAUCCCCGCGGCCGGCGUUCAUCGAUGAGGACAAGUUGCCCGGCCGCGGCGAUGGCACGUCGUCGCGGCCUUUUGUUCCGGCAUGGCCGCAGCUCGAGGCGCCGCCCGUGGAAUUAUUCGCAGAGCCAUCCGCGGGUGCGUCAUCCUCCUCCUCUUCCUUGUCGUCGUCAGAGACAGGACGCCGUGCCGCCGGCGGCGACAAGACUGCCAUGACGAGAUCUUGCUCGACGAGAACUGGCCAGCACCAGGUGGUGGUGCUGAGGGUAUCUCUGCACUGCAAGGGGUGCGCUGGCAAGGUGAAGAAGCACAUCUCCAAGAUGGAAGGCGUUAGUUCUUUCGACAUCGAUAUCGCGACGAAGAAGGUGACGGUGGCGGGAGACGUGACGCCGCUGGGCGUGCUCAACAGCAUCAACAAGGUCAAGAGCGCCCAGUUCUGGCCAGACCAGUCUUUGUCCUCGCUGUCCACGCCGCCGCGAGCCUCCGCCUCCUGAGCUAUACAUACUCCCCCCUCCCCCUUCAGAAAGAAACAAAGCUAUACAUAGUCCCCACACAGGAUGACAACUUGAUGGGUGGGACGAGGACACGGUCUUUUGGAUUGUUGUCCAUAAAUUGUGAAUUGGAAGUAUUUGUAAAAUCCAAUCAAAUUAUGAUAUGUAGUAUGAUAAAUGCAUUUUGGAACAAGUCAGCGUGAUGUAACUUUUUUGUUUGCAGUCCUACGUAUCUAGAAGAGAAAAUUCAUAAGAGAUUUUAA